AUGGCAACAACAGAAGGCCCCGAGUUCACGGCCAAGGAGGUUGCCGCUCAUAGGGAAGCCAACGACUGCUGGAUGGUCAUCCACGGUGAAGUCUACGAUGUCACAAAGUACAUCCAUGACCAUCCCGGUGGCGCUGACGUCCUCAUCGAGGCUGCCGGCGUCGACGCCACGGAAGCCUUUGACAACGCGGGCCACUCCGAAGACGCCUACGAGAUCAUGGCCGAAUUCCGCGUCGGCAAGCUCAAAGGUGUGAACAAGCGCUCCGCGCCCAAGGCCGUCCGCCUGGCUCCCAAGUCCGCCCCCGCAGCCGCCCCGGCCUCCUCCGCCGCUCGCGCCGCAUCCCAAGCCGCCGCCGCCGUUCUUUUCAUCGGCCUCGGCGCCGUUGCCGCUCGCCAUGCCGUCUCCACACCGGCUGGCCGGGACGCGCUCGUCGCCAUCCAGAGACUCAACCUCCAGCUCCCCUCGUGGCUGUCUCUCGGCGGUAGCGGCGUCCCCGGCGCCAAGCGCUCCGGCUUCGGCUUCCUCGAAGGCUUCGCCGUCGCCUCAGCCUUCUUCGCUGUCGCCGGCUCCCUAGCUGCAAAGGAGGCCUCUAAGCUGCUCCACUACGAGAUCACGCCCAUGCACUACCGCCCGCACAUGAAGCUGCCCAAGGUCGCCAAGCCCAAUCCCCUCAACCAGCGCGGCUGGCUCGACCCGGUCUCCUACCACCCGCUCCCGCUCGUCGAAAAGACCCUCCUCGCCCCCAACGUCUACCGCUUCGUCUUCGAGCUGCCCACGCCCACCACCGUCCUCGGGCUGCCCAUCGGCCAGCACGUCUCCAUCAAGGCCGAGAUCGACGGUAAGUCCGUCAACCGGUCCUACACACCCACCUCCAACAACUCGGACCUCGGCCGCCUCGAGCUCGUCAUCCGCUGCUACCCUGACGGCCUUCUGACGGGCAAGUACCUCGCCAACCUCGAGCCCGGCGCCGAGGUGCUCUUCCGCGGCCCCAAGGGCGCCAUGCGCUACAGCCCCAACAUGGCCCGCAAGAUCGGCAUGCUCGCCGGCGGUACCGGCAUCACCCCCAUGUACCAGCUCAUCCGCGCCAUCUGCGAGGACGACCGCGACACCACCGAGGUCAGCCUCAUCUACGCCAACCGCUCCGAGGCCGACAUCCUGCUUCGGGACGAGCUCGAGGCCUUUGCGCGCCGCUACCCCGCGAACCUCAAGCUGCACUACCUCCUCGACACGCCCCCCGAGAACUGGGCCCACGGCGUCGGCUACGUCACCAAGGAGAUGAUGGCCGAGCGCUUCCCCGCCCCCGGCGACGGCGCGCGCGUCAUGCUCUGCGGCCCGCCGGGUAUGGUCGCGGCGGCCAAGAAGUCGCUGGCGGAACUGGGCUUCGAGAAGCCAGGUGCCAUCGCCAAGACGACUGACGCCGUCUUCUGCUUCUGA